AUGAUAAUUCACUCGCGUAGGCUGUUUUUUGGGCUUUUCAGGUGUGCCACUAGACCGUUAUGUAGGCUCCAGCGCGGUUUCACUUCCAUACGGAAUGUUGCAGUGGUGGCACAUGUGGAUCAUGGCAAGACGACACUGGUGGACGGACUUCUGCGCUGUAGUGGCGAAGAACUGACGCACAGUCGUGCUAUGGACAGCCACGAACUAGAGAAGGAAAGAGGCAUCACCAUAUGUUCUAAGGUUACUCGAGUUGAGUGGUCAGGCCGUACGUUCAACAUUGUAGACACGCCCGGGCACGCAGAUUUCGGGGGAGAAGUGGAGCGUAUACUUAACAUUGUGGACUGUGUAUGUCUUCUGGUGGAUGUUGUGGAAGGACCGAAACCUCAGACAACAUUCGUCUUGCGCAAGGCGCUCGAGAACCCGGACCUUCGGGCAAUUGUUGUGGUCAAUAAAUGUGACCGAGAGUGUAAUAAAACGCGGAGUGAUAUAGAAAAUGAACUUUUCGAACUAUUUGUAGACUGCGGGGCUUCAGACGAGCAGCUUGAGUUCCCGCUCCUUUUUGCAUCGGCAAAGGAAAAUUGGGUCUCAUCGUCAUAUCCGGUCGACCGAAACCAAGUAUCAGAUACGUCAAAGAUUCUUGAGUGCUUAUCGCAUGUGGCACCAUCGCCUAAGGUGGCGCCGCACCAAAAUUUCACGCUACAGGUGUCACUGCUCGAUUUCGAAGAGGGUUGUGCACUUAUAACCGGGAAAAUCAACAGUGGCAGCAUUCAGAAGGGUGCAACAUUGCAUGUAAAGGACUGUAGCAACAAGGUGAAGGGGCACACUGUCGUUAAGGAUAUCUUUGUAGCAAAGCACAAUGGCAAGGUUAGGUUGGAUGGGGUUGCGCGUGUGGGCGACAUUAUCACUAUACAGUGCCACAAGGGCAUCACCCCAGAAGUAAACGACACAUUGGGGGAUUCUACGGAGUUUGAACCCAUCCCUCCGGUUAAAAUUUCCGAACCUGUGAUCUCUGUGCUUGUGUCUGCGAAUACGAGCCCAUUGGCAGGAACUGAUGGCAAGCUGCAAACCACAGCCGAAAUAGGGAAACGGCUGAAGCAUGAGGCUAAGCGCAAUCUCACCUUAUGUAUAGAAGAAACUGCGGAUAAAGAUGGGUACUAUCUUAAGGGUCGCGGGGAACUUCAAAUCGGGGUCCUUCUGGAAAAUAUGCGGCGCGAGGGAUUCGAGAUGACCGUCUCUCCACUUGCUGCAGUCACCACCGUAGGCGAAGACGGUGUGGAAAUGGAAGCACUGCAACAACUAGUUGUUCUGUGCCCAAGUGAAAUGGCACCGAAUGUAGUAGACCUUCUCGCGUCACGUGGUGUAGAGGUCAUAUCGUAUUCAGACUGCCGUGGAGGAACUGAGAAAAUAACGCAGUUGGAAUUUCAGGGUUCAACGACACAGUUACUGGGUUUGAUGGUAUCCCUGCGCGAUAUUACACGAGGUCGCGGGGAGAUAUCCUUAACCACAGUUGACUACAGACCUUACCAAAAAGACAACCGGAACCUUCGAAAGAACGGUUCACUCAUUUCGAGUUGUAUGGGCGUUGCAACUCCUUUUGGACUGGAGCCUGCUAUGUCUAAGGGCACGCUCUUUAUCUCCGAGGGAACACGUGUCUACGAGGGCAUGGUAAUCGGAGAAUCCGGAACGGACAAAGACAUUCACCUCAACGUGGUGAGAACCAAACCUGUCACUGGGAUGCGCAACAAAGGCGGUGAACAAAUAAUAAAGAUCGUCUGCAGGCAGCUCACAGUGGAACAGGCACUGGCGUAUCUGAGCCGGGAUGAACAGUUAGAGCUUACACCCAAGAGAGUCGUUAUCCGUAAAAAAGUGUUGAACAAACGUUAA